AUUCCCGCUGUUCACUGCGAUUCACAGAAUCUGCACCGCGCAAAUCAAGCCCCAGGGCUUCCUGGACUGCUUACGUAACCACCCGGAGCACAUGUAAGUGUUAACCCUCCCAAAACGUCGUUUGUUUCGAUAAGUUUUUCACUACAUAUUAUCUCCUUCGGAAAGUCUUCUGCAUUUUGCUAUAUUCGUAUAAACAUUUGUUUGGCUCCUAAUUUCUGUUUGUUACACACGUACAUACUUCACAUUUGCGAAGCAUUUAUUGUUCUCACACAAUACCCAAAGCAAUCGAAACAUCAAAACACACACACACAAACGAGUACAAACGCAAGGCGCAUUAACUGUUCGAAGGGGGAUGGAAGGGAAAAUCAGAGAGAGAGAGAGAGAGUCGCGUGACUAAAAACUAAUGUUGAGUGUAGAUCAAUUGUAGGGCAGAUGGUAUUUUUGUGGAGUGCAUACUUACAACCAGUCACGUGCGCUAUAUUUAUUCUGUUAUCGUUGUUUAUAAAGUUUAUAUCGAAAGUCGUGAAAUUCUAUGUGUCAUAAAGUCGUUUCAAUUCAUGAACAUCAAACACUACUUACGCAGUUGCAGAGCUGCUCACGUGCAAUAUUUAGUUUUGUUUUUUAAUGAAAGCUGUAAAUUUUAGUUGAUCUUGUUAGUAAGCUAACGAAUGCGUAGCUCCUGAUCCAAAGGAAGAAACACAAUUUUAUGUAUUUGUAUAUGAUUGAUGUAUGUUUUUGUUUGUUAUCAUAUUGUUAUAAACGAAGAAAAAUAGUUUAAUAGAGAAAAGUGAUUAAUGUCCAGAAUGAGUGUUUCAAUGUUUUACCUGAAUGAACACUUCCCGAAGCGAGAAAUGCAGUGCUGAACAGAUUUAUGAGUCAACUUGCCAUCUUGAAACCUCUAAACGAAUGCUAGUAACAACUAGAGAAUCUAACCCAUUGGCUUGCUAGAACAAUUAUUGUACAAAUAAUAAAAAUUCAAAAUUUACUUGCAAUACUAA